ACGUGGGCAGAGUACUCACUCAGGAAAUAACUCAAUCUGUAACUGCAUCUAAAAUAGGAAGAGGUAGCAGUGUUGCCAUGCAAGGUUUCCUCUGCGUCUCUUCGUUCCUUCUAAUAUGUCAACAUGAUUCAUUUGUAUCAAAAUGUCACAAUUAUUCACAAUAUUUCAAUUUUUCAUCAACUGUUUCAAAAUAAAUCUUAUUUUUAACUGUUUUAACAAUUGUCUUCUGAUUUUUUAAAACAUUAUUCACAUUGGCCUGUAUGUUAAUGCCAGCUGAAGAACUGAACCACCUGCGUUAGAAGGAAGUGUUAACGUGCACGUCUGUCUGCUUCUGCCCAUGUUGUGCUGUUAGCUAUUGGAAACGGAGAAUUAUCAAAAUAAUAUAAAUACAGCUAAAGAACAGCGCGUGAGAGGGAAUCUCUGAGAGACGACAUUAAAACAAAGUUUACUCACCUGUGCAAUGGCGAGUGAACUCUCCCCAAAUGUUUAUGGGGGUCCUCCUCCCCAGUCAGAUCUUAGACUCCUGCUGCUUGGGAGAGUCGGAGCUGGGAAAAGUACAGUAGGCAAAACCAUCCUGGGCAGCGAUAACUUCUGGAGUGAAGGAGGCAUGUGUGUGAAGAAGCAGGGUGGAAGGACCGUCACCGUGGUGGACACCCCGGGCUGGGACACUGUGAAGUACACGUCCACAUACAUCAAACAAGAAAUUAAGAAGUGUGACCCCAUGCCCUUCUUCUGGUGGUGCCCAUGGGCGACCCGCUCUCCUCCGCAGAAAGAAAGGCGAUUCGGUAUCACAUGGCGCUAUUGUCAGUUAGGGCAUGGAAGUUUACCAUGGUCUUGUUUGUCAGUGAGGCUGAGGAGAAAUGCACAUCCAUUGAACAAAAUCAGAUGAUCGGCAGAGCAAAAAGUAUUCUAGCGAAAUGUGGACACAGACACCAUCUCCUUGAGUGUGGCAAUUCUCCUCCCCAGAUUUCUGAGCUCCUGAUAAAGCUAGACGCCAUGGUAGCAGAAAACUGUGAAGAAUUCUUAAUCCCCCAAGUAUAUGAUGAACUGAUGGAGACUACAAUGCCAAGUGAAGUGACCGAGCUGAGAAGGAUGUAUGAAGACCGAGAGGACAGACUGAAACGGAAAUACAAAACAGAGUUGAAGGAAAAGGAAGAAGAGCUGAAGAAGUACAGAGAAGAAGAGAAGCCUAAAGAAAGGUUGAUGAAGAGGACAAGUAGCAGUCAACUACUCCCCCCCCCCACGCCCCCCCACCCCCCCCAGUAUAAGCACAGAGAAGAGGACGGGUCGGUAAUGGCUGACCAUCAGAAGGUGGACCUACAGGCCGUCAAGCAAGGAUACAGGGAAGAGGCCUUGUCUGUGGUGGGCCACUACGUCAAACCACUAAUAGUGAUUAUGACUGCUGUAGUGGGGGCACUCAUGGGAGCAGUUGCAGGUGCAGAACAUGGAACACUUGGCGCAUGUACUGGAAUUCCUAUAGGCAUUAUUUUGGCAGUUCUUGUGAGUUAUGCUGUCCGUGGAGCCGACACAGCAGCAAGGGAUAUUUCCAUCGCAGUCAAAGCCGAGGGAAAUGAAAGUCAGAGGAGAGAAGAGGGAGCAGGCUUCUUCUUAGAUUCUACAAAAUCUGAAAGAUUUGAUAAGGAUCAGUGACACUCUUUUGAAUGUCAACACUAUUCUAUUGCUACAGUGUGUAGUGUAUGGACUGUGCUGUAUGGACUGUGCUGUAUGGACUGUGCUGUAUGGACUCUCAUGGUUCACCUGACUUGACUGGCUGACCCCAGUGAAGAGACAGGACAGACUGCCCAGCAAACCGGGAACAUACCCAGAACAUAAGAAAGGGUUUUUAUACAAAAUUAGGACGUUCUCCUAACAUUCACAAAAACGCACAACAUCUGUAACAACCACCAUUCCCCAAACAACAUUCUCGUUAUGUUUCCUGGUAAUGUAAUAACACAAUGUACCAGCAAUGUUUUUUGAACAUACUGUUGCAACAAAAUGUAUACGCAAUGUUCUGGGAACGUUCUUGCAACAUCAGGCAAAUGUUUAUACAAACAUUGUAUAAUCAUCAGCACGACGGGACAGUUUUUGUGUUAUGAUAACAUUUACCGCAACCUAACAAAUGUUCUGGGAGUUUUCAGAGAAACAAUUUUGGUUUGUUAGACGCUCUUUCUCUCUCGCUCUCUCUCUCUCGCUCUCUCUCUCGCCCUCUCUCUCUCUCGCCCUCUCUCUCUCGCCCUCUC